AGCCUGCAGGGCAGGGGCAGAGAGGGGAUUUCGGUGCAGCCUUUGCUCUUCCUUCCUUCCCCUGGAGGGCCGCACGUCGGAGCCGCAGGGCAAAGUGGGCCAGCAGCAAUGCAGCCACCGGGGCGCGUGCGGAGCUUGGCGGUGGAGCUGGAGGACGGGAGAGCGUGGGGAGCCUACGGCAGCGGGGAGCUGCUGCACGGCCGCGUGCGGCUGGAGCUGCGCGGUGCCCUGCGCCUGCGGGCGUUGGAGGUUUGUGCUCGCGGGCGUGCGAUCGUGCACUGGUUGGAGAGCCGCAGCGUGGGGCUCAACAUCGUCUACCACGACUACACCGCCUUCCAGACCUUCCUGAACCGCCGCCGCCAGCUCAUCCCCGAUAACGGCGAAGUCACCGUCCUGCAGGCAGGAAGGCACGAGUUCCCCUUCACCUUCCAGCUCCCAGAGACCCUGGCGACGUCCUUCGAGGGCAAACACGGCAGCGUGCGCUACUGGGUGAAGGCCAAGCUGCACCGGCCGUGGGCCACGGUGAAAAAGGUGAAGAAGGAGUUCACCGUCAUCGAACCCAUCGACAUCAACACCCCUGCGCUGCUGGCUCCCCAGGCGGGUGCUAAGGAGAAACUCGCCCGCGCCUGGUACUGCAAUCGUGGCCAGGUCUCAGUGACUGCCAAGAUCGACCGCAAAGGCUACACCCCCGGUGAGGUCAUCCCUAUCUUUGCUGAGAUUGACAACUGCACCAACCGGGCGGUGGUGCCCAAAGCAGCCAUCAUUCAGACUCAGACCUUCAUCGCUCGGGGCACCAAGAAGCAGAAGAAGUCAGUGGUGACCAGCAUCGUCGGGGACUCCAUCGCUGCGGGGAAGCGCGAGGUGUGGCACGGGCGGGCGCUGAAGAUCCCUCCGGUGGGGCCGUCCAUCCUGCAGUGCCGCGUCAUCCAAGUGGAAUAUGCCCUGAAGGUCUGUGUGGAUAUUCCUGGCACAUCCAAGCUGCUCCUGGAGCUGCCGCUCGUCAUCGGGACGAUCCCACUGCAUCCGUUUGGCAGCCGCACGUCCAGCGUCAGCAGUCAGUACAGCAUCACCCUGGACUGGCUGAGCAGCAUCCCUGAGCAGCCUGAAGCUGCACGUUCCCCAUUCCUCGAUGCUUUUCUUUCUUCUCUUCAGCCCCCCCUGAUUACUCAGCGGUGGUGCCCAGCCCCACAGCCGAGCAGAGCCUGGCCCCGCCGUGCCGCAGCGAGCUGGGGGCUGUUCUGGAAGGGCCCUUCUUCGCCUACAUCCAGGAGUUCCGCUUCCGACCGCCUCCGCUCUACUCUGAGAUCGACCCGAACCCACCUUCAGACGGCAUCCGCCCGCGCUGCAUGACCUGCUGAGCAGUGCUGAUGGCAUCGUGACCGUUGGGCUGCAGUCAGAGCGCCCGCAGGAUGGCAGUGGGUGCGUGAGAGCGCUGAGCCCCCACCACAGGCACUGCCCUGUGGGUCUGAAGGGCUGGAACCGCCCCAGCGUUUUGGGGUUCGGAUGGAGCUGGGAUGAUGCUCCUCUAUGUGUGCUCCAGCACCUCCUGCUGUGGAGAGCUUUGAGCUCGGAGGUGUUGCAGGGAAUCCAGAGAAUGUUUAAAUCCUGUGCUGGGUUUGGACCCCGCGGUGCUGCGGGUGCAGCUCUGCUGCUGCAGUUGCUUCUCCAGAACUGCAGUUUCCUAAGGAGAAAACUGGCCGGGUGAGGCAGACUGUGCUGCUGGUGAGCACGGCUGGGAGCCGGGAGCUGCUGCAGGGGUGGCUGGAGCUGCCUGGCAGCUGGGUGGGGGCUGCAGAGCCCCCCGUGGCCAACAUUGGGGCUGUGUAAUUCCCAAAGCAGCAGAGAUCUGCGGUGGUGUUUCGGUGCCGCUCCUGCAGGGUGGCACAGACGUGGCCCCUCACAGUGCUUUGUUGGCCGAGGAAACAAGAAAAAAAGCUGGAGUGGGUCCUCCAGGGCAGCCACCAGAGACUGCGUUCCCCCCGACCCCUGUGCAGAGCCCCAGCCCCGGUGCUGGGCAUUGCUCAGAGGAUUUUCUAUUGUUUGUAUCAGUGACCACUUUUAUACCGACCACUCUUUGUCUCUGACGUUUCUCUUUUCGUACAACUUCAGUUGGGGUGAUUUCUCUGAAAUAAAUUUCUUUUAACCAA